AUGGUGAUUGAAAGACCGCAGAUCUUCACUGUGACCGCCAACAUCAGCGGACGAGGUCGUGACGACGUAACGCCGACGCAAACAGUGCACGAGGGCUGUUGUUUGAGAACAAGCCACUCUCGACAGUUCAUGCAUGCUGGCGGGCCGAAGCUGUCAACGCUGUGUGAAGCUGAAAUGGCAACCGAUCCUUCAACCUUUCCCACCCUCUUCUUGCUUUCUUUCCUGCCUUAUUGCCCGAGCUCUCUAGCGGAGAGUUGUUAA